AUGCAGAACUACCACGGGGAUCCCUAUGAGAGCGAACCGCUCGACUCUCAUAAUCACUACGAUUCCUCUCCCCGAAGACCCAUCCCUCCUCCCCAUAGUUACUCACCUUCGGCUGCCCACUACGACGCCCCCCCGAGAUCAAACCAUCCAAGCGCACAUCCCGAUUCUUCAUACAGCCGUGUCCAAGGUGGCUACGACGACUAUUCCUCCCACGCUCGCUCAGUUUCGCCUUCGCCGUACGCAGGAUCCGCUGGUUACGAUAGUCCUCGACGACCAUCGCCUCAACAAAACGACCACGCUUAUUACGGCAACCAAGGCUACAAUAACUACGGAGGUGGCGGCGGUGGACAUAUGGGUGGCAUAGGCGCAAUGGAACACUCCAACUUGCCCCCGCCUCCAUCGCGGACUCAGCAAAACCCGUAUGGCGGAAACGGAGGCUACGAUUCGCCUCGCGGGCCACCAUCGGCUGCAACAUCUCACUUCAACGGUAGCGAUCCCUACGUCGAUAACCCAUACCCCGGAUACACGAAUUCGCGGCACGGCAGCGACAACCUUGGCGUAGUGAAUCCUAACGAGAUCGCCGACGAUGGAGACGACGGACUCGUGUAUGGAAAGAGCCAAAGGAACUCAAUGCUUAGCCUUUCCCAUUCCGACCGCGCGAAGAAGGGUGCCUCUGCAACUGCUGCUGCGGUUGGAGGUGGUGCGGCUACUGGCGGCCUUUUGGGUGGACGAGGCGGAAGUUACGAGAUGAAGGGGUCACGGGAAAAGCCUUACGGUUACAGCUCAGCGGAUAAGGACCCUAAGAGGAGUAAGAGGUGCAAGUGGCUCAUCAUCAUCCUCGUAUUCCUCAUCAUCGUUGGUGCUAUUGUUGGUGGUGUCGUCGGUGGCAUGCUGAACAAUGGCAAGAAAGACGAAAGUGCAGCGGACUUGGGAGAGUCAGCUAAGGACGACACGAAGAAGAAUGGCGAUCUCGGCAAAAACAGCGCAGAGAUCAAGGACCUUCUCAACAAUCCCGACCUUCACAGAGUCUUUCCCGGCAUGGACUACACCCCUCUCAACUCGCAGUAUCCCGACUGCAUGCAUAACCCGCCUUCUCAGAACAACAUUACUCGCGAUGUCGCCGUGUUGGGUCAGCUUACCAACAAGAUUCGACUGUACGGAACCGAUUGCAACCAAACUCAGAUGUUGAUUCAUGCUCUCGACCGAUUGGAACUCAAGGACACCAAGAUCUGGAUGGGUGUUUGGCUUGACAAGAACGAGACAACCAACGAUCGACAGAUGGCACAAAUGUGGGAUAUCCUGGAUGAGUAUGGUGAUGAUCCUUUUGAGGGUAUCAUCAUUGCCAACGAAAUUCUUUUCCGUGAGGAGAUGAACAUCACCACAUUGGCCAAGAUCUUGGACGAUACUCGUACGAAGCUCGAUAAGAAGGGCCUCAAGCUUCCUGUUGCUACCUCUGAUUUGGGUGAUGACUGGACAUCUGAGCUUGCGACGGACAGUGACUAUAUCAUGGCCAACAUUCAUCCCUUCUUCGCCGGAGUCGAGGCAUCUGAGGCUGCCGCUUGGACAUCCAACUUCUGGAAGACCAACAAUGGAGAUUUCUGGAAGACGGACAAGAAGAAGAACAUCAUUUCGGAGACAGGCUGGCCUACCGGAGGCGGCACCAACUGUGGCCAAGCCACGACCUGUACCAAAGGAUCAGUUGCUGGUAUCGAUGAGCUCAACACCUUCAUGGAGGACUGGGUUUGCCAAUCUCUUAAGAACGGUACCAGCUACUUCUGGUUCGAGGCAUUUGACGAGCCUUGGAAGGAGAGGUACAACACCAAGGGCAAGAACUGGGAGGACAAAUGGGGUCUGUUGACAGCCGACCGUGAGCUCAAGAAGGGAGUCAAGAUUCCCGACUGCGACGGCAAGACGAUCCAGGACUACAGCAUGUUUUCUUCAUAA